UUUCGGGAGCUGGCGCUGGUGAACGACGCGCCCUGCGCGGCCACCAUCAAACCCAUGGGAGCAGCACGCCACUUCCUGCGCGUGGACAAGGGGCACUUCCACCGCAUCCUCAAGGACGUGGAGGCCAACACGGUGAGGCUGAAGGAGCACGGGAAGGUGGUGCUGGUGCUGCAGAAGGACCUGCAGGGCGGGGGUUCCUCCGCCCGCUACUCCGUGGUGGCCGGGACGCCCGAGAAGAUCCUGGAGCACCUGCUGGAGUUCAUGAGGCUCGAUGCCACCCUCUACGACCCCGUGGACACCCUGCUGGGGGAUUUCCUGCUCACCUACACCGUGUUCAUGCCCAGCUCGCAGCUCUGCAGGGCUCUGCUGCACCAGUUCCGCUCGGAGCCGCUGGAGGGCUCGGAGCAGGACAAGGCGUCGUUCGCGCUGCUCAAGCGCCGCAAGAUCCUGCGCCUGGUGGGGCAGUGGCUGCUGCUCUAUGGGCGGCUCCUGCAGGGCGACCGCGGCACCACCGCCCUGCUGCAGAACCUGGCGGACCUGGCGAGCCGCGACCCCCGGCUGGGCGGGCUGGGGCAGGAGCAGGAGCGACGGCGGCCACGGGGGCUGGAGAACGGCGACGGCAGCGCGUCCCCCCAGCCCAAGGCACGGAGCUCGGGGUGCUGGCUCGGUGGGGCGGAGGAGGCGGCUGCGGACGGGGGCUGCGCCUUGAGAGCCCAGGACAAAGUGCCCUAUGAGAUCUACAGAGCCGACCACUCGUGCCUGGUGGCGGUGCUGCCCGUGGCCGCCUCGGUGCGGGAGGUGCUGCGGGCGCUGGCCCCGCGCCUGGGCGGGCCUGGCGAGCACGUCCUGGUCAGGGUGAACUCCUCCGGAGACAAGGUGGGGCUGCCCCCGGACGCCGUGGGGGUGUUCACGGCGCUGGGGCUCAACGAGCGGCUCUUUGCUGUGACCAUGGACGAGCUGGGCAGCCUGACCCCCCACCCCGAGCAGCUGGGCCCCCACGUGGGCUCCUCGGACACCCUGGAGCUGAUCAGCUCCAAGGACCUGGCGAGCCACCUCACGGACCACGACUGGAGCCUCUUCAGGAGCGCCCACCAGGUGGAGAUGAUCCACUACAUCGUGGGGCCGCAGAGGCUGCAGGAGGUGACCACGGCCAACCUGGAGCGGGUGCUGCGGCGCUUCAACGAGCUGCAGUUCUGGGUGGCCACCGAGCUGCUCCUGUGCCCGGACGUGGCGCGGCGGGCGCAGCUCCUGCGCAAGUUCGUCAAGGUGGCGGCUCACCUGAAGGAGCAGAAGAACCUGAAUUCCUUCUUCGCGGUGAUGUUUGGGAUGAGCAACACGGCCGUCACUCGCCUGGCCCGGACCUGGGAGAGGUUGCCCCACAAGGUCCGGAAGCUGCACUCGGCACUGGAGAGGAUGCUGGACCCCUCGUGGAACCACAGGGUCUACCGGCUGGCGGUGGCCAAGAUGAGCCCCCCCAUCAUCCCCUUCGUGCCCCUGCUCCUCAAAGACAUGACGUUCAUCCACGAGGGGAACCGCACGUGGGCCGAGAACCUCAUCAACUUCGAGAAGAUGCACAUGAUGGCAAAGACCGUGAGGGUCCUGCAGCGCUGCCGGGGCCACGCCCACCCCCCGCUGUCCCCCCUGAGGAAUCGCUCCCCGCACCGCCAGGAGGACCCCAAGGCCGUCAGGAUCUCCACCUGCUCGGAGCAGUCCCUGAGUGUGAGGAGCCCCGUGUCCACCUGGGCCUACCUGCAGCACCUGAGAGCCAUCGACAGCCAGAAGGAGCUGCUGAGGCUCUCCCGGGACCUGGAGCCCUGAGGGAGGGAGGGCCCGGGGCCCUGGGGCUGGGUGUGGGGCCCUGGAGAAGGAUGUGGGGCCCUGGAGAAGGAUAUGAGGUCCUGGAGAAAGAUAUGGGACCCAGAGCAGGGAUACAGACCUGGAGCUGGGAUGU